CUUCUCCCCGCCGGGACCAAGGUGCUGCGGCUCAUGCCCAACCUGCCAUGUGUGGUGCAGGCAGGGGCGAUGGGCUUCGCCCGCGGCGCCCUUGGGUGCUUCCUAGAGCUGGCACCCCUCUCCCAUCCUUGUCUCUUCCCCAGCUUCUCCCCGCCGGGACCAAGAGAGGAAGUCCCCGAAUCCCACAUCAACAUCCACACCGGCCUCAGCGGCAGCGGGGUGGCCUACGUUUACCUCUUUGCUGAAGCCUUGGCCGAGGGAGCGGUGAAGAUGGGCAUGCCGGGUGGCUUAGCCAGCAGGAUUGCAGCUCAGACGCUGCUGGGUGCAGCGAAGAUGAUGCUGGAGACGGGGGAGCACCCGGCAAAGCUGCGGGGAGACGUCUGCACGCCCGGGGGUACCACCAUCCACGCGCUGCACCAGCUGGAGAAGGGCGCGCUGCGGGCCACUGUCAUGAACGCCGUGGAGGCGGCCACCAACCGGGCAUGCGAGAUGGCUGAGGACUAG